AUGGCGUCAUCCAGGGAGCAAACUUUAGCUUUGCGGAAAGAAGGAAUUGGAGUUGUGUUAGAUUCUGAAUUGCCUCACUUAAUAGGCAUUGAUGAUGAUCUUCUGAGCACAGGUAUCAUCUUGUAUCACUUAAAGGAGGGGCAAACACAUGUUGGCAGAGAAGACGCUGCAAGAGAACAAGAUAUUGUACUUCAUGGUCUUGAUUUGGAAAGCGAGCACUGCAUUUUUGAACACUUUAAUGGAACGGUUCAUUUGAUACCACUUGUUGGAGCCCAAUGUUCUAUCAAUGGAAUUCAAAUCACAGAGGCUACACAACUCAACCAAGGUGCUGUAAUAUUACUUGGGAGGACAAAUAUGUUUCGAUUCAAUCAUCCCAAGGAAGCAGCCAAACUGAGGGAGAAAAGAAAGAGUGGACUGCUUUCUUCCUUCAGUUUGUCCAUGUCAGAUCUUUCAAAAUCUUGCGAAAGCCUCUCAACAGUGAUGCUCUAUAAUCCAGGCCUUUUCCCUAUAAAAGGACCAGUCUUUUUAAGAUUAGAAUUCGAGAGACAACAAAGAGAAGAACUAGAAAAAUUAGAAAGUAAAAGGAAACUCAUAGAAGAAAUGGAGGAGAAACAAAAAACUAACAAGGCUGAAUUAGAAAGAAUGCAACAAGAAGUAGAAUCACAACGUAAAGAAACUGAAAUAGUUCAGCUAGAAAUCCGAAAACAAGAGGAGAAUCUUAAGAAGAAAAGCUUUCACAUAGAAAACAGGAUGAAAGAUUUAUUGGCAGAAAAAGAAAAAUUUGAAGAAGAGAGAUUACGGGAACAGCAAGAAAUAGAGCUUCAGAAAAAGAAACAAGAAGAAGAAAUUUUUGGUAGCGUUAAAGAAGAACUUCAGCGAUUACAAGAGCUUAAUCAAAAUGAAAAAGUAGAGAAAAUGCAGAUUUUUCACGAACUGGAAAAGCUUAAGAAGGAAAAAGAAGAACAGUAUUUGAAAUUAGAAGUGGAGAAAAAGAGAUUGGAAGCUCAGGAAAGAGAACAGGCAUUGCUGGUGGCAAAUCUAGAGGAACAACUUAGAGACAAACAAAUCAUGAUACAGCUGCUAAAAAGAGGGGAUCUGCAACGAGUUGAAGAAGAGAAGAAGAACCUAGAAGACAUCAGAGAAUCUCUCUUACGAGUCAAAGAAGCUAGAUCUGAAGCAGAGGAGGAUUGUGAAGAGUUAGAAAAGGUGCAAUGCAACUUCAUGGAUUUUAAGAGAAAACAACUAGAACAAUUGACUAGUUUAGAGAGAGAUUUGGUUCAAGAAAGAAAUCAUCUAGAAAUACAGAAAAUUGAAGAGCAAGAAAAUCUGGAUCAUUUAAAACAGGUACACACAGAACAUUUAAAUUGUGACAAAAACGCACCAGAUACUGCAUUAACUGUCGAAGAAUGUAACAAAAUAAGGUCAUGUGAAUAUAGGUUGCACCAUAAAGAACAACAACUUCUGUAUCUCGUUAAUAAUCAUUUACCAGCUUUGCUGGAAGAAAAACAAAGAGCUUCUGAAGUUUUAGACAGAGGCUUGCAAAGCUUGGACAAUACACUUUAUGAGGUUGAAAAAGAAAUGGAAGAAAAAGAGGAACAGCUUGCCCAAUACAGAGCUAGUGCCAGUGAGCUGCAGCAGCUUCAAGAAACAUUUGAAUUCACGGCCAACGUAGCUCGUCAAGAAGAAAAGGUUUGGAAAAAAGAGAAAGAGAUUCUCGAAUCAAGGCAAAAACAGCAGCGGGAGGCACUGGAACAAGCAGUUGCUAAGUUGGAAAGGCGGCAUUCUGCUUUACAGCGCCAUUCUACCCUAGAAAUUGAGGAGCAAAAGCAGAAACUUGCAACUUUGAACAACAGUUAUAGGGAACACACAGGCUUGCAAGCAACAGUGGAAGCCCAGCAAAAAGCCCUGGAACAAGACCGAGAAAAUUUGGAUUUGCAGAUACAGCAGUUAAAACAGAAAAUAUAUGAAGGUGAUAGAGUUGAAAAGGGAUAUCCUGGAGCUGUAGAAGAGAGGCUGACUCAUAAUAGUGCCCCUUCUAACAUUGCAAAAUCUCAAGCUCAUUUUAUGCCAUUGGUUGAUGACAGAAUAAAUACCUUUAUUGAAGAAGAAGUUCAAAGACGCCUUCAAAAUAUUCAGUACAGCUCUGGAGAAAACAGUAUCAGUCUCUUACAGUCUACAGAAAGCACAAGGGAUAAUGAGAAGUUUCAUAAUGGUGCUGUUCAACGCAAGUUGAAGUAUGAGCGCAUGUUCUGUCGCCCUGUUAAAACAAAUCCAGAUGACAUAAAGAAUCCAGUUAAAAUUAGUAUCCCACGUUAUGUCCUUUGCGGGCAGGGAAAGGAUGAGCAUUAUGAAUAUGAAAUCAAGAUAUCAGUCCUAGAUGAGACAUGGGCUAUAUUCAGGAGAUAUAGCCGCUUUAGGGAAAUGCAUCAGACAUUAAAAUUAAAAUUCCCAGAGCUGGCAAUGUUAGAAUUUCCUCCAAAAAGGCUAUUUGGAAACAAGGAUGAACGUGUUAUUGCAGAGCGGCGGAAUCACUUACAGAAAUAUCUCAGAGACUUCUUUGAUGCAAUGCUUAAUUCUCCGUCAUCUCCACUAUAUGUAAAUAAAGAGGGCUUGAUCCUGUCCAAACAUGACAUUUGUGAAUUCUCUUCAUUCUUUAAGAAAGGUGUAUUUGACUACAGCAGCUAUGGCACCGGUUAAUGAUUGGGAACCUCGCUUCUUAUUAGAAAAAUAAAUUCACCUGUCUUUCUGUGUGCUGUCCAAUCUCAGAAAAUAAAAAAGGUGGGGAAAAGCUGGAUAACUUGCAUAAAUAUUCCUUGUCAAACCGACCUUUUCCAUGUAAAACGUAGCUCAUUUUCUGCCAGAGGAAACGAAAACAGUUUUGCUACGACGUGUUGGUUGAAGAAAUAGCUAAUGAAAACUUCUGAGGCUCUUUGGAUCCCCUCAACAGCUGACGUUCCUCAUACAUGUUCUCAGACCCUUUGUUGUAGCUUUCUUUUUCUACUUGACUCUGUCCUUAGCAAGCAACUUCUUCCUGAAGAAGGUUUCUUGGAGUAAACAAAUUAUUCCAGAUUUUUUUGUAUUAGGUUAAUGCACUGUUACUGUGAAUUGCACUUUAUCUUUUUGAUCAUACUACUUUCACCUUUGGUAUAUUAGUGGAAAUUUGAACAUUGACAAAAUGUAUAUGCACAGACUUUAAAAUCCUGAAGUCUUCCACACCAAGCUAAACAGAAUCAUUUGCUGAACAAUUGAAAUAAAUGAGAUUAAGCUUCUUUUCACCUUUUCUGAUUAUAUAGACUGUUACUAUGUGUUAUGUUUCAAAUAAGUUCCUGGCUGCACCAUUACAAAAGGCAAGUGGGUAUUAUGAUUUUUGAAAACAAUUUUCCCCAUAAAUGUGUAACCAUUCCUCAUUAGCUGAUUCUUUGUUGCAAAAUAUGAAUUACAUUUUAAUGUGCUUUAAAAGUACUCAGGGCUUAUUUAAGAUAGGACAUUUAGAAAGGCAGCUGUAUUCAUUUUGCAGAAAUAUAAAUUGAAAAAUGCUGUGAUGUACAAUAGCGACAAUAAUAAAAGACUGAGAAAAGCAAAUCAUUUUGAUUCUAACUUGUUUUGAGGACUGUUAUACCCAUUGAAGAACACUUUCAUGGAGUACAGAGCAGAGGUUAAUGAAGUGUAGGUGUUAAGGAACAAGCCUCUAGUUUUAUAUUCAGGAGAAGUUAAUCUUGAUUGUAUUAAUUAUUUUUAUGCUUUAUGUUAAUAGACGUUUAUUCCAGAGUUGUAUAAACAGUAAUCAUAGGAGUUCUCCUCAAAGGGGUUUCAAAAAUGCUGUGUUUUAUAAGCUGAUCUGAGUGAGUCAACAGGAUGACUUCUCUUAAGACAAAGCCACUGUAUUAUAACAGAAUAACUAUUAAUUUUUUGUAUAUGAUGAAAAUAUUGCAUUCAACAGCUUUAGGGGCACUUCUCCACACUUCCAGGAGGUACCACUUCAUGCAUUCUCCCCAGCCAGCACUCCUACCGUGUGCCUUCCUCAGCCCAUGUAGCACCUCGGUGACACCCUGACCCACAUCACCACUACCCCGUGUACCAUCCUUCACCUGCACACUCCUGAGCACUCCCUGACACCCUUGCACACUCCAGAUUACGCCCAAGCACCUCUCUCACACACUCGAGAACUCCCAGGCAUCCUUCCUAACUAAAACCACCAUCCCAAAUGCUAUCCUCAACUAGCAUAGCAACUCUUACACACCCCUGAGGUCCCCAUGCAUUCUUCUUGACCACCACCUCCACAACUCUACCAAUCUGUACAGAACUAUACCUGUUGUGCAUUUCCAGGCACACUUCCCAAUCUAGGUCAGAAGUUGCUCUUGCUUCCACUGCAUUUUGCCCACUCAUGGUCAUUCUGUUUCUCUGUUUAGAUAAGGAAAAGACCCAACAGGGCACAAGCUGUCUAAUUAGCUCACUAAAAAUGUGUGUAAGAAAUUCCCCUUCCAGAGUCAAUCCCACUCCUUAAUUCUACAAACCUUUUAAAAUAUCUUCUGAAUUGGACAAAUCUGAGAUGAUAAUAUUGUGAGACAGACAAGUCAGGAGAGGGGAGAGUUUAUGAGAAAUCUACAUGACAUUUCAACUGGUAUUAUCUUGUAAGGUUUUCAUGGAUCAAAAUUGUAUGUGUGACAUAAUGUUAUAUAUGUCUUGCGACAUUAAGUACACAUUUUAAAGCUGAUGCCCACACAAACAAGGAUCUCAAUACUUAUCAAGAUUUCCGUGGGGUCAGAUAACAUAUUGUAUCUUUCGUUUAUCAACAUUCAAAAUUCCUUAUAUCAGUAACUAAGGUUAACAUGACUACCCAAUGAUAAAACUGAACACUUGGAAAAGUAAGCCAUCUUUCUUGAUAGGUAGUUGUAAUUGUACAAAAAGAAUCUUUUUGUACAUUUUUUUUUAAAGAAUAUAAAUGAAUAAACACAGAUAGGCAUCUACGGUGGCAAUUAUAUCCUUGUCCUGUUUGUCUAGCCAUCCAUAUCUCUUUGGUAGGUGCAUCGGUAUUGCACCAAUACUUAAAAAGGGUGGAUUUGUAUCACAAAACUCGGGGCACCAUCUGGCACAUUUGACAACAUACCACCACACAAAUUCAGCUGGGCCUCUCCAGUGUCAAUCCACUUGCACCAUAGAUAAGAAACCAGACUUACAAUUACUUAAAUAAGAGUAGGAAUAUGGAUUUCUGAUUUAUUUAUAAAUGCUACAUUCUGGCAUCUGCUGUAAUUCUAUUAACAUUUUCAAAAGUUCUGCUUAGUAACUAAUUCUAGGUACUAAUGGCUAGUGGUCACUCUCAUUAUGAAGCUACUUCAUAAAAAUGGGAUAUAAGUGCUUGCAAAUAUAAGCAUAUUAUUUUGAAAGAUGAUGUACCUUUUACUGGAUUUACUUACUGAGAGACGCUUACUCCGGUUGAGAGUCCAAGAGCCACUUCUGCUAGAAGUAGAAUAUUGGUGUGGAAGUGAUGCUUUCCAGAAAACAAAAUUUAGCUUUAGAGCUUUUAUACACAAGUAGCUAUUUUUUCCAUGGUAAAUUGAGCUUUUGUAAUUUUCCAAAAUAACUAAUGUCUUAAGGUUGGAGCCUCACUGAGAAUGUGGUUAUAAAAUGUGUAUUAAACCAUUUGAAAGAGUAAAUUCUGUAUAUUUUUAAAAGCUUCAGCUAUAAACUUUUGAACAUUUUAAUUAACAUUUGUAUUAACAAAGCAGAAGAAAAAAGCUAUUUUCACCACUUUAUUUGAAACAAUAAAAAGCACUCUCUAUGAAAUUA